AUGUCUUCGUUGCGGACUACGGAGCACACCAACCGCUUUGCCUACAGGACAGACCAAGAGCUUGCCAUCAGCAUCAAGAAGGCGACCAACAGCGAUGAAAUUUCCCCGAAGCGCAAGCAUGUGAGAGCAUGUAUCGUCUAUACCUGGGAUCAUAGGUCGUCCCUGGCCUUCUGGUCGGGAAUUAAAGUACAACCCAUACUUGCGGAUGAGGUCCAGACAUUCAAAGCUCUCAUCACGAUUCACAAGGUCCUCCAGGAAGGUCACCCAUCUGCGCUCAAGGAAGGCAUGGCCAACCGCGGAUGGAUUGAUGGCAUGAAUCGUGGCAUGACAGGCGAGGGCAUCCGUGGUUACGGACCCUUGAUUCGUGAAUAUGUUUACUACUUACUUGCCAAGCUCUCCUUUCACCAACAGCAUCCCGAAUUCAACGGCACCUUUGAAUACGAAGAAUACCUGAGCUUGAAAGCAAUCAACGACCCCAACGAAGGCUAUGAGACCAUCACAGAUCUUAUGGUCUUGCAAGACAAGAUUGAGCAAUUUCAGAAACUCAUCUUCUCCCAUUUCAGAAACGUCGGCAACAACGAGUGCCGUAUUUCUGCCCUGGUACCACUUGUGCAGGAGAGCUACGGUAUCUACAAGUUCAUCACCAGCAUGCUUCGAGCCAUGCACUCAAUCACUGGAGAUGAUGAGGUUUUACAGCCUCUUCGACAAAGAUACGACGCUCAGCAUUAUCGGCUUGUAAAAUUUUACUACGAAUGCUCGAAUCUGCGUUAUCUGACCAGCCUGAUUACUAUUCCCAAACUGCCUCAAGAUCCCCCGAAUCUGCUUUCAGAUGACGAUGAUGCCCCAGCUUUGCCUGCCAGACCCAGACAAGAAAUUGAAAGACGACCGACGCCUCCCAUAGAGCCGAAAUCCCAGGAGCCCGAUGAGAUAUCCGAGUUUUGGAAAAAUGAGCUGGAUCGUCAGAACCGAGAGUAUGAAGAGCAGCAGCGAGUCCUUGAAGAGAGACAGCAGGCGGCAUUACUGGCCCAACAACAAGCUCAACAACAGGCGCAGCGCGAAUUCGAGGAGCAGCAGCGCCGGCUGGCAGAGCAGCAGCAGCGAGAGCAAGAAGCUCUUUUGGCUCAACAAGCCCAGUGGCAGACUCAGGGUCGUCUGGCUGAGUUGGAACGAGAAAACUUGAAUGCUCGAGCGCAGUACGAACGGGACCAGUUGAUGCUCCAGCAGUAUGACCAGCGAGUCAAAGCUCUGGAAGGAGAGCUCGCACACAUCCAGAACAGCCUUGGUCAGCAAAUUACGAGCAAGGAUGAUCAAAUUCGCGCUCUGCAAGAGCAGGUCAAUACCUGGAGGACAAAGUAUGAAUCACUAGCCAAGCUGUACUCGCAGUUGCGUCAUGAGCAUCUGGACCUUCUCCAGAAGUUCAAGACGGUUCAAUUGAAAGCCGCCAGUGCUCAGGAGGCCAUCGACAAAAGAGAGAAGCUGGAGCGUGAAAUCAAGACUAAAAACCUCGAGCUGGCCGACAUGAUUCGCGAACGAGACAGAGCUCUUCAUGAGAAGGACCGACUCAGCGGCAGCAACAAAGACGAAGUUGAGAAGCUCAAGCGGGAGCUUCGCAUGGCCCAAGACCGAGCGGACAACCUAGAGCGCAGCAAGGGCAACGAGUUGUCGACAAUGCUCGCCAAAUAUAAUCGCGAGAUGAGCGACCUGGAGGAAGCGCUUCGCAACAAGUCCAGGGCUUUAGAAGAGUCGCAAUCUAGGAUGAGAGACGGCAACUCUGACCUUGAGCAACUCUUGCGAGACAAGGAAGUGGAGCUUGAAGUCUACAAGGCUGGUAUGGAUGAAGCGCUGGUCAAGUUGAACGACCUCGAGAAGAACCAGGGCGAGACAGAUCAUGCGUUGGACGGACAGAUUGAUGCUCUGAUCUUGUCCAACUUCGAUAAGAUCAAUGCCAUCAUUGAUUCUGUCCUGGAAGCCGGGGUGUCCCGUGUUGAUGAUGCCUUGUAUGAACUCGACUCGUCUAUGCAGGCUGGCAACCAGAAUGCUUCGCCGUCAUUCGUCUUGUCUCAGAUCGAAAAGGCUUCGGAUAGCGCAACUGAGUUUGCAACAGCCUUCAAUAGUUUCAUCGCUGAUGGCCCUAACAGCACUCACAAGGAACUGAUCAAGGCGAUCGGUGUUUUCGCGGGUGCCGUUGCAGAUGUUUGCAGCAACACCAAGGGUCUCAGUAGGCUAGCAACUGACGACAAGAAGACGGAUACUUUGAUGGGCGGUGCACGGCAAUCGGCCGAAUCCAGCAUCAAGUUCUUCCGCAACCUGCUGAGUAUCAGACUGGAGGAACUAGAAACGGAUCAGAAGAUUGAUGUGGUUAUCAACAGGAACCACGACGUGCAGAUGAACCUACAAAAGCUCAACAAGCUUGUUGAAGCAUUUGCGCCUGGCUUCGGCAGGCUCACGAACAACAAAGGAGAUCUCGGAGACUUGGUCGACUCGGAACUGAACAAGGCCGCUGAUGCUAUCGCGGCUGCUGCAGCCCGCCUGGCCAAGCUCAGGAACAAGCCCCGGGACGGCUAUUCAACGUACGAGGUCAAGGUACACGACUCCAUCUUGGAUGCUGCCAUGGCGAUUACCAAUGCCAUCACACGACUGAUCAAGGCGGCCACGGUGACCCAGCAAGAGAUUGUCCAAGCGGGACGAGGAUCAUCCUCACGAACAGCCUUCUACAAAAAGAACAAUCGCUGGACGGAGGGACUCAUUUCGGCAGCCAAGGCCGUGGCAUCGUCGACCAAUACACUGAUUGAGACGUCAGAUGGAGUCAUCUCAGGCCGAAACAGCCCCGAGCAGCUUAUUGUUGCCUCCAACGACGUGGCCGCGUCAACCGCGCAGUUGGUCGCGGCGAGCAGGGUCAAGGCCGGAUUCCGUUCGCAGAGCCAGGAGAACCUGGAACAGGCCAGCAAGGCGGUAGGAGCGGCAUGCAGAGCGUUGGUCCGUCAGGUACAGAGCAUGAUUCGAGAGCGCGGACAGGAAGAUGAGCAGGAAGAUUACACCAAGCUCGGAGCUCACGAAUUCAAGGUUCGCGAAAUGGAACAGCAGGUCGAGAUUCUCAAAUUGGAAAACUCAUUGGCUGCAGCCCGACAUCGGUUGGGCGAGAUGCGAAAGAUUUCGUACCAGGAGUAG